CGAGAUUUGUAUAAACGAAAAGAAUAGAAGAACCCAGGAAGAGUGUCGAGGAGAAAGGCAUGGGAAAUCAGGGAGGAGAGCUUAAGGGUUUGGCCUGGAAGCUUCCGCAUGUCAACUCGAAGCAACUGGGCAAGCUGGGUCCCGCUUUCGGCCUCGGCGCUGGCUGCGGUUUUGGUUUCGGCAUCGGUCUUCUCGGUGGUGCAGGAUUUGGUCCUGGGAUUCCCGGCUUACAAGUUGGCAUUGGAUUUGGUGCUGGAUGUGGGAUUGGCUUAGGUUUUGGCUAUGGUAUGGGGAGGGGCAUUGCUUUGGAUGAAAACGGGAGAUACUCUAAUGUUGGGCAUCUUUCUCAUGGUUCUAUGAAUUUUCCCUCUCAGGAUGAGAUCGGUGCACUUGUUGAUGAGAUUGUCAUUAAUACCAAGAAACUUAUCCGAGCAACUUCUAGAGAGGUUGACAAGUGGAGAAGAUGAGGUCAAGCUCCUGCUGUAUAAUCAAACGAACCAUGAUGGUUUCUAGAUAGAUUCUGUACACACGCAUUUCCACAAGGAAAUAUAAAAACCUUUUUUCUAUGCAUGCAUAUUAUGCACCCCUCUUUGAGUUAAUGUGAAAUUAUUUACUUCCCAAUCUGGUUUUCUAGAAAAAAGAGAGUGCUUAUGGCGGACUGCUAUACACAUUACAGAGAAACUCUUGUCCCACCAACACUUGACUGGAAACGUGGUUCCUUGAGGGUGAAAGAUCCUCAAAAGCUGUUUCUAGAUCUUUGAAACCCAAAUGAGUAUGAUAUAUAAGAUGCAAAAUACAAUUCGGAUGAAACGUAUUUCUCUCUGGGUGAUGGCACUCAUUUUGUUCGGUAUCAGAUGAGCUGCAGUGCAUAGAACUUAAACAUAUCACAUAUGCGAUGUGGACUGCUGUUGCCGAUUCUAGGGGAAGCAAGUUUAAAGGGGAAGAUGCAUCAGAGGCACCGUGGUGAACCGUGAAAAGGAUAUAUGGUGGGAGGUGGGCGCAAAUGCACAUGCUAGCUCCAAUUUACCCAGCAAAUAAAGGAAAAAUGGGUGUCAAAAAUUAAAAGGGGUUGCAACCUCAACCCCA